AUUAACUGCAAUGAGUGCAUUGAUAUUCUUUAGACCAUGAAUUGUAGCAGAACAUAUCAUAUACUUAAACAAAAUGUCUGGUCUGAACCAACAGUUGAUUUAUGCGAUGAAAUAAAGAUGUAAAGAUUGUGAAUAUGGCUACAGCAGCACCAACAGACAACAGAGUGUAUCUCUACCGCUUGCUAACGCUUAACAUAGACUGCGGCACUACAAUCGUUAGGAAUUUAAUUGACGACAAAUGCCGAAAUACUGCACUAACAGCCCUUCUAGCUCAAGAGAGAAGAACUGUGAUCAACCUUAGAGCAAACAAAACAAUAACGAAGGUCCAGAUUGAUUUGUUGUAUCCGCAAAGUGGCACCCCUCCCACGACGGCGGACUUCGAUCUUAGUCUUGCUACAUGCCUUCUAAGGAGCUUAAAACAGUUUGGUUUAAAUUCCAAGUUUACCUGGAAUGCUACACCACAGCCAGGAGAUACUUCACUUGAAGCGGAUUUAUGUCGCCUGCGAAUGUAUCGGAAUGAACUGGCGCAUAUAUCUUCGACGACAGGAAUCCAGGAAACAGAUUUUUCAGCUAAAUGGGCUGAUAUCGAAGGGGCUUUGCACAGACUGAACGGCUUAGUUCAAAAUCCUGUUCAGGGCCUACAACAAAUCAUUAAUGAUUACAAAACUGGUCCUCUUGAUCCCGAAGCAGAAAAAGAAAUAGAAAAACAAAUAGAGAAGAUGCAAAAAAUGGAGGAAAGAUUAGAAAUUGAAGUGCAGGAUAUAAAGAAAGGUGUUGCCGACGUAACGAAAGAUAUUCACGAAAUGAAAGACGAGGUUAUCGAAGUGAAAGGAGGUGUUCACACAGUAUUAAAAGAUGUUCACAAACUAAAAGAAGAUUUUAAAUCAACACACAAAAGGAUGGAUGAGCUGGAAAAGCAGAGGGCAUCAGAAGAAACAAAAAAAGGAGUCGGAGAGAAGACGCCGAACGUAUUUGAAAGAAUAUAUGGAUGGUUUACAUUCAGCAACCACCAGAAGAAAGAAGAAACAGAGUCAAGUAUGCCGUUAUAUGCACACCCGGCAGCGGAAGAUGUGUAUCUUCAGAUGAAAAAAA